GUUAGCCCUAAUUUUACCGGAUAGCCCUUCAUAUUCCUUCAUAUUGUGUCCCCUGCGGUUGUUACGUCCUCUUUGCUUUAUUCCAGCACAAUCCCAAACCGUACACCCACUCCUUCGAACGUGGUCUCCCCCCCCCCCGGGGGAAAAAAAAAUCUCUCUCUCUCUCUCUCUCUCUCACUUCGGCGAACUUCUCGCUUCUGUAGAUACUUCUACGCAUAUUUUGAUUUCUGGAAGCAGAUCUGGAUCGAGAAGAGCAACAAGGGGCAAAUAUUUCUCCGGAGUCUGUGGCGCCACCAAUGGCGGAGUCGCCGGGGAAGAAUAGUCAAGCGAGAUCUUCUACGAGCUCCGGCGACGUAUCGGUCAAAUUUGAAAAGGCAGAAAGUAGCAGUAGUGGUGGUGGUGAUGUCGAUAGUAAGGACUCUGUUCGUGGCGGUCAAAUGUCCAAUGGUGGCAGUAGCUCUUCAGUGAAUAAAUUGCCAUCGGAGAUUAUGAUUUCUAGCAAAGUAGAGCUACCUUCAAGUCAGAUUAAGUUGGAAAGAGCAAAAAGUGAGGCACAUAGACCUCAUAACAUACUUGCUGAAGAAGCAGCACAAAUAUUUAAUGACAGAAUUUCCGUCCAGCAGAAGCUAAACUUAUUGAACAGAAUAGCUACUGUGAAAGAUGAUGGAACAGUAGAAUUUGAAGUUCCAGGGGAUGUUGAAGGUGCUUUUGGGGUUGGAUCUGAAAAUGUAUAUACUGGAGUUGACGAGGAACCUCUUGAUGUGACAGAACCUAAAUAUAUUCCACCACUGCAAAUAGUAAUGCUUAUUGUUGGAACACGUGGCGAUGUGCAGCCAUUUGUUGCAAUCGGAAAACGUUUGCAGAUUAGUUUGUUGAUUGAGGAGGAUGUUGAAAUGCAGGACUAUGGCCAUCGCGUUAGACUGGCAACUCACUCAAAUUUCAAAGAGUUUGUCUUGACUGCUGGGUUGGAGUUCUAUCCUUUAGGGGGUGAUCCAAAAGUUCUUGCCGAAUACAUGGUUAAAAACAAAGGAUUCUUGCCAUCAGGACCUUCGGAGAUACCCAUUCAACGAAAUCAAAUAAAGGAAAUAGUAUACUCUCUACUUCCAGCAUGCAAUGACCCUGACCUUGAUUCGGGGAUUCAUUUCAAAGCAGAUGCUAUCAUAGCGAAUCCCCCAGCAUAUGGGCAUACACAUGUGGCAGAGGCAUUGAAAGUACCUAUUCAUAUAUUCUUCACGAUGCCGUGGACUCCGACUAGUGAAUUUCCUCAUCCUUUGUCCCGUGUUAAGCAACCAGCUGGCUAUAGACUGUCCUAUCAAAUUGUUGAUUCUUUGAUUUGGCUUGGAAUACGAGACAUGGUAAAUGAUGUUAGGAAGAAAAAGUUGAAGUUACGACCAGUCACAUAUUUAAGUGGUUCACAAGGUUCUGAGUUUGACGUCCCACAUGGAUAUAUCUGGAGUCCUCAUCUUGUUCCUAAACCAAAAGGUGCUAAAUUUAGCUGAUGCCAGGAUAGUCUUUUGUUAGACAUCUUAACCAUCAAGAUCUAGUCCUUAUAUUAUGUGAAGCAACUAUUUGUGAUUGCAAAUUAAUAUACGCUCGAGUCUUUUUACAGAAAUCUAAGAAUGCUAACAAAACGACUUUAGCUGUUGAAGAAAACAUGAUUAUGGUGAUAAACAACACUAAAACAAGGACAACACUAGACUUUGGUGUCACAUACAAAUUUUCCAAAAGAAGAAACGAUUAUGUGCCAGUAGGACUAAUUCUUAAACAAGAACAUGGUACGAAUAAUGUCCAAUGCACUUAUAUUUUGAGAGAAAACAUUAUUUGUGUGCAAACAACACUAAAACAGAAAGAAAACAUGAUUCUGUUGUGAAGUUGACCAAUUUUGAUAGAGGUCAUAAUUCUGUUUUCAACCGGUUUAAACUUAAGAAAAAUACGAUUCUGGUGCGAAACUCACUAAUUAUUAGAGAUUACUUGAUUUUGUUCUUCUAUAGUACUUGCCAAAAGGAAACAUGAUUAUUGUGUAAUGCACUAAUUCAAAAUGAAAACCUGAUUUACAAUUGCACAUGCAAUAACUCUGAAAGUAAACAUGAUUCUUGUAUCAACUACACUAGUUCUUGAAGAAAAACUAAUAAAGAAAAUCAGAUAUUUUCUUCAAAAAAAUAGAUCUAAUAGAAAACAUUAUUCCGGUGUCAACGGCACCAAAUCUAAAAGAAAAUAAGCUUGUUGUGCCCAAUACACCAAUUGCAAAGAGGAACAACAUUCAGGUGUCAAGGAUAAGAAUUCCUGGAUAAACAUGAUUCUUAUGUCAGAUGAACUAAUUAUAGGAGAAAACAUGACCACGAGGUCAAAUGAAAUAUAUCUUCAAAGAAAAACAAGACUCGUGAAUCUAAUGCUUAAACUUGAGAGAAAAGAUGAAUUGUGUUUCACUUGCACUCAAUUCUUGCCUAAGACAUUAUUCUAAUGUGACAGUGCACUUAUUUGGUGAGAAAACAUGAUUGCCGCAUGGUUAUGUAUACCUGCCUCCGUCUUUUUCCUUAUUUUUAUUUUCUGAGGUUUUUUUUUUUUUUUUUUUUU